UCUGCUUUUGGGAACGGAAUGCAGAAGUCAGAAGACGAAGACAGACAAAGAGAAGAGAGAAAGAGAGAGAGAAUGUGUAAUAAGACGGAAUGAAAAGAGGGAUAUAGUUAAAAAAGGGGUAGAAAAUGAUAAACGCUAGGCGUGUCGGCGUCGUUUUUUAUAAAAUUUGUCAAUGACAUUUGGUUUUUUAAUAAAAAGUAAAGUUCACCAACAAUAUUUAAGUGAAGUGCCAAUAAAAAGGAUUUAUACGGAUGACAUUUCUAUCAAGAAUAUGAUGCGAAGAGCGUGGGAUACAAUAAUGAGAAUUGAAAGGAUCGAGAAGGCACGCAAUGGAUAGCGUGCUAUCUAAAUUAUCCACGAGGUUUAUAACCUAUUGAAAAAUACGAAAUGUCUGCGUGGAUGUAGUUUGCCAAUGUCCAAAAGAAGGGAAUGCUUGUUUUGGGUAAAUUUUGGGCGAUAGCCUGUGCCAGGUUAUGGAGACAGAGAGUAUAAAAUCAGGGGCUAGUGAGCAUAGCCAUAGCCUUCAUAGCAAAGGUUCUCAAAAACAUCAUCAUCAUCGCACGCAUAGCAACAAAUCUCAUCAUCGACACAACUCACAUCGAAACACAAGUAAAAGUAAUCGAGGUCAAAGGAAAGACCGCCUUAAUUUGGAUACGAAUGAUAUGGCCCCAUUUCAAACGACUGUCAAUAUACGUGGUGAAAGUGUCGAUAACAUGGGUCAGGAAGUAAUUGAGGUGCAAAUCCUACCCCAGGAUGAAAAUUGGGGAGAAAAUACAACUGCUGUCACGGGAAAUACUUCUGAUAGAUCAGAAUCAACAGAAGAUGUCAGUCAUUGGCCAAAUGAUAUGGAAAGUUCAUUUGGUUUCAAAUGCCAUCGAUAUGUGGGCAUGAUGGUAGCAAUGUUCCUUGGAAUAAGCGCCUUUUUAAGUCCUAUUGCUAUGGUUAUACUGCCAAAAGUAGCAUUUUUACCUGAACAUUUAUCCGUUCUACCAGUGGAGAAAAAAUUAGAGCUGCUCGCCUGUAAUGCCGAAUGUAAAGGACAACUUCUUGGAUUAACGUUUAAAUUAGUUUUAUUAGGCAUAGGAACAUGGGCAGUUUUUUUACGGCCUAGAUAUGCAACAAUGCCAAGAGUUUAUCUCUUUAGAGCUGGGGUUCUUGUUUUAACCAUGCUGUGCAUUUGUACUUACUGGUUAUUUUAUAUUGUACAGUUAACAGAGAUUGCAAAAAGUGUUUCCAAUGGGGAGUUAUCGGGUUACAAAAAUUUGGUGGCCUAUGCGAGUACAUUUUCCGAUACGCUACUAUUUAUUCACUACAUUGCUGUUCUUUUAAUUGAGAUUCGUCAAUUACAACCAAUGUAUUAUCUCAAGGUGGUAAGAUCUCCAGACGGAGAAUCAAGAUCCUAUGCAAUUGGACAAUUGUCAAUACAACGAGCGGCUGUUUGGGCUUUGGAGAAAUAUUACACCGAGUUCUCAAUCUAUAAUCCCUAUUUGGAUCGAUUGCCAGUUUCAAAAUCAGGUAGGAAACAAUCGAGUUUUAAAUUCUACGAUGUAGAUGGAACUGUGACGAGCGGUGGACAAAAUCGCAGUGGGAAUGGAGGCGAUCGUGCUGUUCUUGCUGCACAGGCACGACGUAGGGAUUCAAGUCAUAAUGAGAGAUUUUAUGAGGAACACGAUUACGAGAGGCGUGUACGAAAGAGAAAAGCACGUCUCAUUACAGCUGCGGAGGAGGCCUUUGCUCAUAUUAAACGUUUACAUUCGGACGCUGAUUCAGCGCCAAAUCCAGGUCCAAUGGAUCCAAUGGAAGCUGCGCAAGCUGUAUUUCCCUCAAUGGCAAGAUCAUUGCAAAAGUACCUGAGAGUAACGCGACAACAACCACGUCAUUCGGUUGAGGCAAUUCUUGCGCGACUCGCACGAUGUUUAGCGCAGGACGCGGCACCAAAAGCCUUUUUAGAACCAUUUUUCACCUCAAGUCCAGUGCUUUCGCACGAAAAAGAACGACAAAGAAAAUCACAACAUUGGGCUUUAGUUUGUGAGGGUGAAUUACCCUCACGGCUAAUCACUGAUGGAUGUGAAUUUCAAUUGCGACAGGGUGAAGUUGCAUUACUUUGUACGGUUCAACGAUUGCCACAUUUUAAUCUCACUGAGCAACUCGCUCAUCCUAAGUCUAACAAAUUUCUUCUCAGGCUUAAUUCAGAGACUUCCGUGUAACAAUAACCAGGUUGUGUUCAUAGAUAAACUAAUUUUCUCGUAAAUGAAAUUUAAAUCAAGAAUUUUUUUUUAAUUAAAAUAGAUAUAUUUUAAUUUAAAUAGUAUUAAACCAUUUGACUUUUAUCUAUAUAUUUUAAGAAAUAGAAAAAUUUACUCACCAUUAUUAUUUUUCUCCAAUUAAUAGAUUUCAGUUCCUUUGGUAUAUCUGUAAAAUAGAAAAGUCAAUGGAUUAAUACGUAUUUAGUUUUAAUAAUUUAAUUAUUAUUUACAAAUUUUAAUACUUUUUAAAAGUGUUAGUUUUUUUUUUAAUUUUUAAGUAAAUUUUGACUACAUUUAUUUGUUAUUUAAUAAUCUCUUGCCAAGGAAAUGUUUAUAUACUCAGGGAACUUUUGUUCCAUUUUCAAAUACAUUUAAUUAUUGCGAAUGAUAAAUAAUAAUUCACAUUAGUUUUUAAAUUAUACAUUUAGUUAUGAUAAAUGAUAAGUUGUUCAUCAUGAUCAUGUUGCUUUUAAUUAUUUUUAUUUUGGAAAUAAUUCGAGUGAUUAUAUUGAAUAAGACUUAAUGUAUUGAUCUCUUCUUUUUUCUUCUUUUUUUAAAAAAGUAUGGACAUGCCAUGGGAAUUUUAGUUAUUAAAUAAUUAAUUAAAUUAUUUUUAAUUGCGAAGCUUUUAAAAUAAUCAAUAUUAUCGAACAAUUUAUAUUGCAACGAUGCUCAGUGUCUUAUAUAAACCAAAGUUGGAAGAAAAUCUAGAAAUAUAUAUUGCAUUUGACAAAUUUAUAACUCAAGAAAUCUUGUCAAUUAUAAAGAGAAGCUUUUUUAUAAAAUAAUCUUGUUUUGAAAUACGAGAUUGUUACAAUUAAAUAGUAAAUUUUGAUUUUUAAAUCAAUAUUUUUCUCAGAAACUUGAUUUUUAAUUUAUUUAAUAAAACAAGUUUUACAAAUUAUAAAAUAAUUUUUUAUAGUUUUUUGAGAAAAAAAGAUAGUUCUCAUUGAUAAAAUUAAAUAAUUAACGUUAAUUCAAACAAAAUUUGACUUUAAUUUGAAUUUGAGAACAAUGCAAAUAUUGUUAAAGUUUUGUAAUGAAAAAACUACUUUGAAGAAUGCAAAAAUAACAUAUUUGCAACUCUCUUGUUAUUUGCGCACUAUACUCAUUUUAUAAGUUUGAAAAGACAUAUUUUUAUUAGUGAAAAUUCAUUUUCACAGGCACAAAUUAAGCAUAAUAGAAAUAAUGAACGCGUGAAAAUGUGUGUGCAUGUGUACAUGUAUAUUUAAUAACAGCAGAUCAUUUUUAAAUUACAAAUUAUAUUAUUAGAAAAUUUGUGAAAUACAAUAAUGAAAAUGGCAAUGUUGUUGACAUGCAAUCCAGCACUUGUAAUUAAAGCACACGGCUUUAAAUGUUGGUAACGUCAUUUUUUUUAUUUAUAGCACUUAAAAAAAUUCCAUUUUUACAAUAAUUAAAAAUAAUUUUUUUUUUGUUUUUAAAUUUAGUUUUUAAUUUGCUGCCAAAGGUAAAAGAAAAUUCACGAAUUCUUGCUCAGUUUCUUUAGUUUAAAACUUGAACGAAAAUACUCAAUGUGUUAUAGUUUUUAAUUUACAAAAAAAAAAUUUCAAGAGCUAAUUGUUCCAGGAACCAGCUCUCUAAAUGAAGGAUCUGUUUCAAUUUUGAAAAAAAAAACUAUUUAAUAUUGUAAAUAAUUAAAAAAAAAAAAAUAGAGAUUAAGUCGCUAUCGGUGGUGGAUACGACGGUGCAGGACUUUGUAAAAAAUAGCUAUAUGUUAAAAAAAUAUCUAUAAAAAAAGAGCCUCUCUCUGCCUUUAUUAUUAUACACGUAAGUGAAGGGGAUCUAAAAAUAUAUAUAUAAAAAGAGAAAAAAAAACCGAAAAAUUGAACAAAUUUCCGCUUCACUUUUUAGCGACAAUGAGAUAUCAGUAUUUUUAUGGCCACAUAUCAGAGAUUUCAUAUACACUUUGUGAUUCUUUUUUAACGCAAAAAAAAAAAAAAAACAUAGAAGGAUAGAUGAUAGAUAUUCUUUACACAAUUUUAAGUGUAAGGCACAAAGGACUUUUUUUACUGUAUUUUUGUGAGUACACGAUUUUUGUGCGUUGUAGAUUUUGUGACUUUUUAUUUAUAUACACGCCUAAAAUGAGAAAAAAAAUGUAUUGAAUAAUAAAUAAAAAAAAAUUCACGUAAAA